AUGUCCCUUCUUUGUCUUCCAAAUGAGAUGAAAAUUGAAAUUCUGAAAAAUCUUGAAUUUUCUGAAUGUCUCAAAUGUCAACUCCUCUCUUCACAUUUUCAAUCUCUGAUUCUGAAAAAUCAGAGAUUUUUGAGAUCGCAAAAAGUUCGCCAAUUAUUUGUGACAAAGCAAAAUAUUCGAGUGAAUUUUGAGAAUUCGAAAAAUAUUUGGAUUUUGGAUUUUGAUGAGGCAGAAUUGUAUUUGAGAAAUUCUACAGUAACUGUUUUAUGGCUGGAAUUAGUGAGUUGGAUUUUUUUUUUGAAAAAAUGUUAAAACUUUUUUUCACAGAUAAACUAUGAUUUUGAACCAAUCAAAUAUCUUUCCUCAAUUUUUUCUUUUAAAUUCAAAAUUGAAAAUCUGAAAUUGGGAAGUUCCAAAGUUCCAUGUGAUUUGGAAAAACUUGAGGGAUUUAUGGAUUCGAAAAAUUGUAGAAAUUUGAUUGUCGAUAAACGAUUCAAUAUUUCUCCAAAGUUUCUGAAAAUGGAUACGGUGAGAGAUUUUUCAGUGGCUGUCGUAAAAAAUUUAACAAAAAAUUUUUUAGCUUCUUGGCCUCACAAUAUCUCAAACUGAAAGGAUUUCCAUAUCAAUCAAAAAUUUUAAAGGAACAUGGCUCGAAUUAGACAAAAAUGAUCUAACAACUUCGGAAAUCAUUGAAAUAAUAAAGGUAACUUCAACUUCUCAUUUUUUCAUAAUCCAAAAUUUUUCAGCGCUGGAAAUCCGGGAAAAUCCCAAAUAUUCAUCAAUAUAAUAUUUGUCUGAAUGAUUAUUUGAAUAUUUUAGAACAACUUCAAGAGAUUUGCAUAUGUUUAGAAUAUCCAAGAAAAUUCGAAACAUUAAGAAAUACAUUGUCAAGUGAAAAACUGAUUCUAGAAAUUCAUAAGACAACAAAAUUUUCUAAUUUUUAUUCUCUUGUGA